AUGGCUGGUGGUGAUUGGAUCUGCUAUGGAGUGGAUUGGAUGCGCUUCUUCCAACCAAGUGUCUUUCAGUUCUUCCUCCUCCUCACCAUGUCGUUGCUGCUUCGCUCGCUCCCGACAGCGGUGAUAUUAAUCAAAGGUCAUCGCUAUCGACGCCUGCCAUCACUGUUUCUGGGGUCGGCCCUGUUUGGCACACUGGUGGGUUGUCUGGUCUGUCUCGGUGGCUACCUGCACACCGCAGACAAUCUACAUACUUGUCUUGUCAUCACCUUGGUCACUGCCUUUUUGCUCGGUGUGUGGUUAUGGGUGGCCACAACGCCUGGUGGUGGGGCUGCGGCUGUGUCGCUUGGACAGGGUCGGCUUCGUCUCGUGAUUGCUCUGUUGCCAUCGCGCGCUGUUUGA